AUGACGCUCCAGCUGCCCAAGGUCACGCGCGCCCAGCUCCUCCAGCGCGAGGAGGAGUGGUUCCGCGGGAGCGCGGUCAUGUCGCGGAGCCUCGGGGCGUCGGGCGGCCAGACCGCCGGGGCCGUGCUCCAGCCCGUCAAGUACAUGCUCGAGCAGACCUGCAUCACGCUGUCGAAGGCGGAGGCGAAGCUCGGCGGCAACAUGAUGAUCGACGUGCAGAUCACGGGCCAGAACCCGACGUUCAGCCAGUCCUACGACAUGUCGAGCCAGCUGCCGGCGAUCAAGGGCGCGGAGACGCGGCCCUUCGCCAAGUCCUUCGGCGACGACGCGUCGUCGUCGUUCGGCGGCGGCGGCUACGGCGGCUCCGCGUCCGGCGCGACCAUGGGCUACCCGUCCUACGCGCCCAGCGGCUACGGCGCCGGGUCCAAGGAGAUCGACAUCUCCUACGGCAACGACAUGGUGUCGUCCCAGUCCGCGCCGUCCCUCGACUACAGCCCGCCGCAGAGCGAGAACGGCGACGAGCCGACGGCCGGCGGCUACGGCGGCGGCUCCAAGUCCGGCGGCUACGGCGGCGGCGGCGGCGGGGGCUACGGCGGCGGCGGCGGCGGCGGCUACGGCGGCGGGGGCGGCGGCUACGGCGGCGGCGGCGGCGGCUACGGCGGCGGCGGCGGCGGCUACUCCGGCGGCGGCGGCGGGAGCUCCGGCGGCUACGGCGGCGGGGGCGGCGGCUACGGUGGGGGCGGCGGCGGCGGCGGCUACGGCGGCGGCGGCGGCGGCGGGGGCGGCCCGCCCGACGGCCGGGGCCCGGACGGGAAGAAGGUCCAGUUCAAGGCCGAGGAGUUCAUGCAGAAGACGCGGACCGCGCCCGUCGUCGCCAAGGACGCCAAGGGCAACCGGCGCGUGUCGCUGGCCAUGACGGCGCAGCAGCGCGCGAAGAUCAACCAGGACAACGUGAACCGCAUCACGCACAAGCUCGAGGAGAUCCACGACGAGAUGCACGAGCUCGACGACAUCAUCUUCUUCGUCGAGCACUCGGCGCUCGUGAAGAUCAUCAUCAAGAUCUUGAUGCAGCGGGCCAAGGGCCUCAUGGCGCGGGCCUGGCGCGCCUGGAGCGGCGACUGCGUCCACGCGCACGGCUUCGCCACCGAGAAGACGAUCGUCGAGCUCGAGCCGCAGGUCGCGGCCGCGAAGCUCCAGCUCGGCGUCGCGACGGAGUUCCUCGAGGACAAGAUGCGCAUGUACGUCGAGGCGCGCAUGUCGUCCAUGGACAUGAAGAAGCGCACCUUCCUCAUGGGCAUCUUCGGCAAGAACGGGCCCGAGGCGAAGCGCGCGGGCUUCUACCACUGGAAGACGACGGCCAUGGCCGAGUCGGCCAUGUUCAAGACCUGGAGCCUCUUCUUCGCCAAGAUCACGAACAUGAAGGUCUACAUGGCCUGGCGCAAGUGGAUGGAGCUCAUCUACGAGGCGAACCUGCCGCCGGAGACGGUCAUCAAGCACCUCACGUUCGAGGUCAACAAGGCGCGCAAGGAGAUGGAGAUCCACGAGGCGGCGCUCGAGCGCAUCGUCAAGGCGCAGAUGGACGCCAUGUUCGACGGCCUCACGGGCUCCCAGAAGGGCAAGCUCAAGCACACGAUGACGAACAUGUUCAACAACAUGCAGCGCAUCGCGCUCAUCCACUGGCAGAAGAAGAACCGGUCCUACCUCCGCUACAAGCACCUCCAGAUCGGCAUGCUCAACCGCAUGAGCCGCGCCUUCCUCAACAAGGGCUGGAUCGCCUGGGAGUUCCACUUCAAGGCCUCCAAGGAGUUCGACGCGAAGCUCCGGGCCGUGAGGCUCCAGAAGACGAUCGACACGUUCAAGGAGCAGAUCGCCAAGCUCGACGCCGUCCUCAAGGACCAGCUCGCGGAGGUCGACAUCAUGCGCCAGUGCGUCACGACGCAGGUCGAGUGCGCGCAGCGCGUCACCAUGGGCCGCGAGAAGGUCGCGGCGAACAUCCCCGGCGCGAUCGGCCUCUGCGAGGAGGACCUCACGCCGCAGAUCGACGCGGCCUUCCAGGCGGAGAAGGACUCGGGCUCCAUCGUCAUCGAGGUCGCCGCCGCAGAUCGCUUCGCUAUGACCGUGGCGUACCUCGUGCUCGGCGCGUCGCUGGUGGCAUCGCUGCGGCCGAGCGUGGCGCCGCUGGUGCCGCGGCGCACGGCGCUGGCCGCGUCCGGCGGGCCGCCGCAGUACGACAAGAUCGGCGCGACGCUCGUGGCGAACGACGACGUCGGGCGCGCGUCGCGGCUCCUGCGCCUGGAGAGCGACGAGCCGCUCGACUACGCGCCGGGCCACGUGCUCGCGCUGGAAGUCGAGAAAGACGGCGAGUGGCUCCGCGGGCCGUACACGGUGACGCGCGCGACGGAAAACGCCUUCGACGUCGUGAUCCGCGUCUGCGGCGGCAAGUCGGAGGCGAUGGCCGCCGCGCCCCUGGGCUCGCGCUGGCGCUUCGGCGGCAAGUUCCACGUGCCGAUCCUCGAGGGUCUGGCGCCGGGCGCGGACCGCGUCGUGUGCCUGUCGACGGGCACGGGCGUCGGGCCCGUGCUGGGCUUCUGCGAGGCCGCGCUCGAGGCCACGGACCUGCAAAAGCUCACGGUGCUGGCCUCGUACCGCGACGCGGCGGACGUCUGCUGCAAGGACGCCGUCCAGCGGCUCUGCGUGCUCCACCCGGACCGCUUCGAGUGCUCCUACGUCAUCUCGUCGACGGACGGCCGCGUGUCCGCGCCCCGGCAGCUCGACGCCAUCGGCGCCGUCGCGACACCGACGACGCACUUCCACCUCAUCGGGAACGGCGCGAUGGUCAACGAGUGGGUCGCGGGCCUCGCCGCGGCGGGCGUGCCCGACGGCUUCGUCACCACGGAGACCUACUUCAACCACAAGGCCGAGGCCGACGCGGACGUCGUCGGCGCCAUCGCCGCGGCCGUCUCCCUCGGCCGCGUCGACGCCGCGCCGCCGACCGAGGGCCCCGUGACCUUCCUCGAGGGGGGCGUCAUGCUGUCCGUGCUCGAGAAGCUGCUCAACAAGCAGGACGCGGAGCUCGAGUCGCGGCUCGCGCGGUCGACGAGCGAGCGGCGCAUGUCCGGCGGCGCCGUCGCGCCGCGCCGCGCGCCCAUGUCCAUCGUCAUCGACCGGCGGGGCUCCACGGGCGGCCUCAACAUGUCGCCGACGGACAGCGGCCAGUCGUCGCCGCUUCGCGCCGGCGGGCCGCGGCGGCCCUCGCUCGGCGAGCGCGUGCGCCGCGCGUCGAUGGACCGCGCGCUCGGCUCCGGCGCCGGCGCGACGCCGCCGUCGGGCGGCGACGUCGACCCGCUCUCCGCGGCGGCCGCCGCGCACCGCCUCAAGGCGGGCGGCGCCGCGGCCGGCCCGGCCAAGGCCGCCGGCGACCGGUCGUCGGACGAGCGGCGACGGCCGUCGCUGACGGGCACGCGGCGCGCGUCGGCGUCGUCCAUCGACGGCGGCGUCCGCGAGCGGCGGCGGUCGAAGACGAACAUGGAGUCGCCGCCGCGCGGCGCCGAGGGCCGCCAGUUCGACGACCCGGCGCUCGAGCUCGAGUACCUCCGCCUCCAGAACGAGGACCUCGCGUCGGCGCUCCGCGCGGAGCAGGCCGCGAACGCGGACCUGCGGAAGGCCGUCCAGGUCCUCGAGGACGAGAACAACAGCCUCCGCGAGUACAUGAACGACCGCCUCUACGUCGUGUGCCGCGUGAACGUCGCGCCCCAGCCGAAGACCAUGUCGUCCUCCCAGUCGCUCAAAACGUUCUUCUGGUCCUGGACGGCGGCGCAGAGCAUGUUCAGCGUCAUGACCAGGAUGACCGCGCAGAGCAGCAUCACGGUGCAGCACACCUACGCGGCCAUCGACGCCCGCUGCGACCAGGGCCACCUCUCCGCGGGCUUCUUCCCCUACCACCGCGCGCUCGUGCUCGCCGUCGAGGCGUCCGUGCUCGCGGUGGACCCGGGCGUCGAGGCGCUGCCCUACUGGGACUACAACGUGGACCUGGCGCUCCCCGACCCCGCGGCGUCCGAGAUCUGGUCCGACGCCUUCUUCGGCGAGGCCGCGGGCGACCCGGACGACGCGUACAUGAUCCGCACGGGGCCCUGGAGGGACUGGACCGUGGACCGGGGGGACCUCUUCGCCGGGCCGCCGCGCUACGACGUCGCCGAAAAGCGCUGGGUGAACGGCGCGCGCGGCAACGCCUACGGCUACCUCCGGGGCCUCACGAACCAAAACCCGGCCCCUCGGCUCACGCGGCGCCACGCGAUCUGCGGCGCGGCGCUGCCCUGGUUCGGCGGCGGCGUCAAUCCCACGUUCCUCGAGUUCUGGGACUGCUUCGACGCGGGCGUCGACGGCCCGCACCCCUUCGGCCACAUCUGGCUCGGGGGCGCGUGGGGCGCGAAGGACGGCAACUGCGCGGCCAAGCAGCUGGACACGGCGACGGCGGAGAUCGUCGCCGGGUGCCUCGUGGUCCCGAACUGCACGGGAAAAGCGCUCGAGGACUGCGUCCUCGUCCGCGACGCCGCCGCGUGCGCGCGCAUGCUCGAGCCGAACGCGACGUGCCAGCGCUACGGCGGCGGCGGCAGUCGGCCGGCCUACGCGCCCGACGCGGCCUGCAAGGCCUGCCCCGAGUGCGCCGACGGCCAGUUCGGCGCCGCGGGCGACUUCUGGGACGGGAGCACGAGCACGAACGACCCGAUCUUCUCUGUCUCUCUAUCUCGGUCAAAUCGAAGUCGAUUCGGCUGA